GAUAGGAUUGAGGCAUUACGCUUUUGACCUACCAAGUUUUUGGCGCCGUUGCCGGGGAACUGCCAUACCUUAUUUUUGUUGAUUUUUGUGAGUGAACUAUUUUGAUCUGGGUGUUAGUGUGCAAAAGAAUUUUUAGGUUUAUCCUCCUCGUGCAUGCCUAGGAGGACGACCGGCGAUUUAUUGCCACUAGAUCCGGAGAUCGAAAAGACCUGCCGACAGAAUAGGAAGCAGGUCAAGUUAGGGAAGCAGCCUACCACAUCCACAACUCCUAGGCCUUCCCUAACUCGGAAUCGUCAACCGAGAAGGCAGGUGUCACCACCAAUCAUCCCUACACCACCGACACCGCCGACGCGCGUCAUCGAGCCUGUCAUCAUGGCAGAACAGGAUCGUUCGAUCAGGGCUCGCUUGAAUCGAAGGACUGGAGCCCGAGCUUCAUAUGCUGUCAUUCCGGCUGGGGAUGCACAUGGAGAUUACCCCAGCAUCAUCAACAUGAUCACCAAUGGAUAUACUUUCUCUGGGGAUAGCAGUGAGGAUCCUCACGAGCAUCUUCGCCGGUUUGCGAGCAUAUGUGAUACGAUGAAGAGCCCUACAGUGUCUGAUGAUGCAAUUCGCCUACGGAUGUUCUCAUUCUCUCUGAUAUGGAAUGCAUCACACUGGUUCCCAAACUUAACACCCCGUUCCAUCACGACAUGGGGUCAGCUUGAGAAGGUAUUUCUGGAUAAAUACUUCCCACCUGCCUUGGCAAUGAAGAGGCAAGAAGAGAUUGUUACUUUUAAGCAGGCUAAUGAUGAGAGUCUGACUGAGGCAUGGGAGCGCUAUAAGGGGCUAUUAAUGAGAUGCUCAAGCCAUGGUCUUGAAGAUUGGAACGUGAUCAUUAUUUUCUUCAAUAGAAUCAGAAGGGAGUUCCGGGAUGCCCUGAAUAAUGCUUCCCGAAAUGGUUUCACAAGAAUGGAAGCACCAGAAGCAUAUGAACUGGUAGAGAAGAUAUGCUCUGAAGAUACUGAAUGGGGUAGUGAGACCGGCAUUCGAAGAAGAGGAGGCUUGCAUGAGAUAAACAGAGUUGCGAGUCUAGAAGCCAAGAUAAAUGCUAAACUGGAUUCCAAGUUUGAUGCACUCGAACGAAGGCUGGCUAAGAUGGCUCUUGGUAGACAAGAGGAGGUUGCUUAUUGUGAAUUAUGUGAAGGUGCUCAUCAUAGGGAUCUAUGUCCACUGGUAGCUGAUCAGUUGGAAGAUGUGCACUAUAUCAACAAUCAGCGAAAUCAAGGCCAGGUUGGUAUGUAUUCAAAUACCUACAACCCUCAAUGGAGACAUCACCCCAAUAUGUCAUGGUCAAACAAUAAUCCAGCUGGUGUUCGAAACAUCCCACCUUCUGGUUUUCAACAGCAGCAGCCUCAACCAGAGAAGAAGCCCCAGCUGGAGGAGUUGAUUUUGGCUCAUAUGCAGAAAACAGACAAUAAUUUCAAGGGUCUGGAUCAAUUUGUCACUCAACAGCUAGCCAUCAACAAUAAUAUGCAAUCAUCUAUGCUAGCUAUGGAGAGGCAAAUAGGCCAGAUGGCUCAAACUUUGGCAGAUAUUCAAGGUAGGAUUCCCGGGACUUUACCAGCAAAUACUGAGAGGAAUCCGAAGGACGCCAUGGUUGUAGCCAUCACCUUGAGGAGUGGAAAGGACUUGGAGGGUCCAGAGAGUUCAAGGAAGUCAACAAAAUCUAAAAAGAAGGAGUUGCAGAGGUAGAGGAUGAAGAAAGUGCAAAAGCUGAAAAAUCUGACUUGCGCAGGCAAACUGCAUGCAAUCUGCCUGUGCAAAAGCAUGCUGCCCGUGUACCUCAAAAAAUGGAAAAAUUGAAGAAUGAAGAGGUAAAGCCUUAUGAACCUCCCGCGCCAUUCCCUCAAAGGUUAAUGAAGCCCAUGGAAGACCCAAACUUCAAGAAAUUUGUGAAUAUCUUCAAGCAACUCCAAAUCAACAUACCGUUGGCGGAGGCACUUGAACAGAUGCCUACAUAUGCUAAAUUCUUAAGGGAGUUGCUGACAAAGAAGCGCAAAUGGGCUGAUCUGGAGAAGGUAACCCUUACUUCUGAAUGUAGUGCCGUGAUUCAGAAUAAAUUACCAGAAAAGAGGGAUGAUCCGGGCAGUUUCACCAUUCCAUGUGUUAUUGGAGGUAGAGAGUUCGAUAAAUCAAUUUGUGAUCUUGGAGCAGGAAUUAAUUUGAUGCCAUACU